UCUCACCAUUGCAACUUUUGCAGCCACUCCACACACAGACAUGCACACCGCGGGCUGAAGCCCAACCUGCUGUUCGGCUCAGCCUCGGAGCCGCUAAACUGCUCUCGUUUGGUUGGGCUUGAGUUGCCGACACCUCGCUGUGGAGCCUUUAUAAAGAGCCGGAGCUGUGGAUGUGAUUUUCCCUCUUGUUUUCUCUAUUUUCCCUUCCUGAUGAACUGGGCUCGUAAUGCAGGAGACAGCGGCGAUUCUGUCAGCGGCGCAAGAUGGCAGAUUUUUAUUGAGUUCUGAACUGAAAUAUCUCUUCAUAUUUUGCCAUGAAUAACAGAAACCCUUGCACCGAUGGCCCCUGUAUACGAAGGUAUGGCCUCGCAAGUGCAAGUCUUUUCCCCCCAUGCUCUUCAGUCAAGUGCCUUCUUUAGCGUGAAGAAGCUGAAGGUAGAGCAGAGCUGCAACUGGGACAUGACCGGGUACGGCACGCACGGCAAGGUCUACGGUCAGAGUGGCAAGCAGAGUGUGUCCGUGGCUCCGGUGGGCAUCAACGGCGCCUCCCUCCAGGUGUCCAGCUCCUCGCUGUCCUACGAGCAGGCCCUCCUCUUCCCGGCUGGCCCAGGCCACAUCGUGGUGGCUUCGGCCAGCAGCAGCACGUCUGGAGCAGCCGGUCAGUUGUUGGGCAGCACAGGCAGUAGCAGUGGGAGUGGCAGCGGAGGCCACAACCUGACACGACGGAGCACAGUCAGCUUGCUGGACACGUAUCAGCGAUGUGGGCUUAAGCGCAAGAGCGAGGAGCUGGACAACGGAAACAACGGCAGUGGGGGCAGCGUGCACGUGGUUGAAGAGCAGCAGCAGCAACAGCAACAAGGGCCAGCGGCCAUGAUCCAGAACAACGGGCAGAGCGGAGCAGGUGUCGCUGCAGCGACCGCAGCCACCGCCUCCACUACAGCCACAUCCAAGACCAGUGGUGCAAACAGUGAAGGCGACUACCAGCUUCUGCAGCAUGAGGUGCUGUGCUCUAUGACCAACACGUAUGAGGUGCUGGAGUUCCUGGGCAGGGGCACUUUUGGUCAGGUGGUGAAGUGCUGGAAGCGUGGCACCAGCGAGAUUGUGGCCAUCAAGAUUCUGAAGAACCAUCCGUCGUAUGCCCGGCAGGGUCAGAUCGAGGUCAGCAUUCUGGCACGUCUCAGCACGGAAAGCGCAGAUGACUACAACUUUGUGCGAGCCUACGAGUGCUUCCAGCACAAGAACCACACGUGCCUGGUCUUUGAGAUGCUGGAGCAGAACUUGUACGACUUCCUCAAGCAGAACAAGUUCAGCCCCUUGCCACUCAAGUACAUCCGGCCCGUCCUGCAGCAGGUGGCCACUGCCCUGAUGAAGCUCAAGAGCCUGGGCCUGAUCCACGCUGACCUGAAGCCUGAGAACAUCAUGCUGGUAGAUCCGGCCCGCCAGCCAUACAGGGUCAAAGUCAUUGACUUCGGCUCUGCCAGUCACGUGUCCAAAGCUGUGUGCUCCACCUAUCUGCAGUCCAGAUACUACAGAGCUCCCGAGAUCAUCCUUGGCCUGCCCUUCUGCGAGGCUAUAGACAUGUGGUCCCUGGGCUGCGUCAUCGCUGAGCUCUUCCUGGGCUGGCCGCUUUACCCUGGGGCGUCCGAGUACGAUCAGAUUCGCUACAUUUCCCAAACACAGGGACUGCCGGCGGAGUAUCUGUUGAGCGCAGGCACGAAAACCACCAGGUUUUUCAACAGAGACCCGGACUCUACCUAUCCGUUGUGGAGACUGAAGACUCCAGAAGACCAUGAAGGGGAGACAGGAAUCAAGUCGAAGGAAGCUCGCAAGUACAUCUUCAACUGCUUGGAUGAUAUGGCACAGGUGAACGUGACCACAGACCUGGAGGGCAGUGACAUGUUGGCGGAGAAGGCAGACCGGAGGGAGUUUAUCGACCUGCUGACCAAGAUGCUGACCAUCGACGCAGAUAAGAGGAUCACACCCAUUGAGACGCUCAACCACCCCUUUGUUACCAUGGCCCACCUGCUAGACUUCCCCCACAGCACACACGUUAAAUCCUGCUUCCAGAACAUGGAGAUUUGUAAGCGUCGGGUGAACAUGUACGACACAGUCAACCAGAGUAAAACCCCCUUCAUCACACACGUGGCCCCCAGCACCUCCACCAACCUCACCAUGACAUUCAACAACCAGCUCAACACUGUGCACAGCCAGGCCACCAACCUGGCUCCCUCCACCAGUGCCACCCUUUCCCUUGCCAAUCCUGAUGUCUCCAUACUAAACUACCAAUCUGCACUCUACCAGCCCUCCGCCGCCCCCAUGGCUGCCGUGGCUCCCAGGACCAUGCCCCUGCAGCCCGGCGGCCCACAGCUCUGCGCCACCCGCCCUGACCCCUUCCAGCAGGCCCUGAUCGUCUGCCCACCCGCCUUCCAAGGGCUGCAGGCGUCCCCCUCCAAACACAGUGGCUAUUCAGUGCGUAUGGAGAAUGCUGUUCCCAUAGUGACGCAGGCCCCCGGUGCACAGCCCCUGCAGAUCCAGCCCGGCCUUCUCACACAGCAGGCCUGGCCCUCUGGUACACAGCAGAUCCUGUUGCCUCCUGCGUGGCAGCAGCUCACACAUACCUCCGUGCAGCACGCCGCCGUCAUCCCUGAGACCAUGAGCAGCUCUCAGCCUUUGACCAACUGGAGGAAUUCCCAUCCCCAUGGGAGUCAUUACAAUCCCAUCAUGCAGCAGCCAGCCUUGCUUGCUGGCCAUGUGGCCCUGCCCUCCCAGCAACCUUUGAAUGUGGGUGUGGCUCAUGUUAUGAGGCAGCCAUCAAACAAUAAUUCCUCAAAAAAGAACAGGCAGCACCAGAUGAACAGCAGGAAUGUGUCUGCGUAUGAGGUGUCCUCCUCACAGGCCAUGGUGUCCCCUCAGCGCUCCAAGCGUGUGAAAGAGAAUACUCCUCCACGCUGUGCUGUGCUGCAGAACGGCCCCUCUGCCCCUUGUGGCCCACCCCAGGCCUGCGGAGAGGGAGCAGGGUGGGGAGAAGAGCAGCAGGCCUCCAGCACCACACGAGACCACCACAAUGCACAACAUACCCAACACAACCCUCCACGCCAAACCAUCGUCAUCCCAGACACCCCUAGCCCAGCUGUCAGCAUCAUAACCAUCAGCAGUGACACGGAUGAGGAGGACGAGCACAAGCAGCCCAACAACACCAGCACGACAUCCAAGCAGCGGAAGAACGUUAUCAGCUGUGUGACUGUCCACGACUCCCCAGACUCUGACUCCAGCAAUAACAGCCCCUAUGCUGUGCAGUCCCGGCCCAGCGGCCCCAACGCCAACAACUAUGACUCUAAGGCCGCAGUGUUGGAUGACUACAGCAAUGGAAAUCCUCGCACCAUCAUCAUCCCCCCAUUGAAGACCCAAACCAGCGAAAGCUUGAAUGAGUGUGACCGCCUUCACCCUGACACUAUGAACCACCAGAAUUCUGCCUACAAGUUUAAGUCCUCCAAUGGAGGGCUGUCUGGCAACAAUCAUUUGUCGGGAGGAAUUCCUGGAGGCGGGGCUUAUCGGCAGCAUCGCGCUGGGCCAAACCCCUUCCAGCAGCAGCCACUCAAUCUCAGCCAGGCCCAGCAGCACAUGGCAGUGGAAAGAAAUGGAGGGCACCGGCGGCAGCAGGCCUACAUCACCCCCACCAUGGCUGCCCAGGCUCCCUACUCCUUCCACCACAACAGCCCCUCUCACAGCACCAACGUGCACCCCCACCUAGCUGCCACACAUUUGUCUGGCCAACCCCACCUAUACACUUACACAGCCCCUGCUGCCUUGGGCUCCACCGGCACUGUGGCACACCUGGUGGCUUCACAGGGUUCAGCCCGCCAUGCUGUCCAGCAUGCCAGCUACCCGCCGGGCAUCGUUCACCAGGUGCCCGUCAGCAUGGGCCACCGAGUCCUGCCCUCGCCCACCCUGCACCACAGCCAGUACCAGGCCCAGUUUGCCCACCAGACAUACAUCAGCGCUUCACCCGCCUCCACUGUCUACACUGGAUAUCCUCUGAGCCCCACCAAGAUGAACCAGUACCCUUACCUCUAGAGCCGAAAACACUGGAGCCUAGCCUACCGCUGCUUACCGUUCUACCCCUCCACUAGAGACAGAGAGACAAGCUCAAGCCUAAACACCCCAAACCUGUCCCCUGCCCCUGACACGCUUAAACUUGAAGACAAUUAAGAUGCUGAUAGAGAAGAAGAAAAAGAAGAAGAAAAAGAAGUUGAAGAGUACUCUGUGAGGGAAUAUAAUGGAGGGAUAAAGUUUCAAUGGAGCUUUCUUUAUAUACAAGUGUUUUUCCUCUCAAAAGGGCCAGUUCAGUUUUGUUUUGUCAUUUAUUUUCUUGUUACUCUUAUCAUGGAAAUCUGAGACUUUUUGUUCCUUUUACAUGAUCAGUUUAUUUUACAGCAAGGUCACAUCUUUUUGGGAGAUAUGGAGAGUUUUGCUAAACUAAGGUUUGUUUUUAUUCUUUUAAUUUUUUCAUUUUUUAAAGGCAUUCAGUGACUGUUGAGCUGAGGUCACAUUGUGGAUGAGAACUAUGGAUAAAGGUGAAAUACGGAUAUCUGCUGCUCUACAAAGAAAAAAAUAAUGAUGGCCUUGAACUGUCUUAAAACAUUUCCAAAUCACACACGGUCAGGAGUAUGUGUAUACUCCGCCGUCCUCUCCUGACAACAACUGGAGGAUCUUGUGGAAAUAUGACAAAAUAGACAAAAACUUUCUAGUGUAUUUAUAGACUUUUCUCUGUUUGUGUUUGCAUUUAGACAAGAAAAUACGUUUUGUCAUACAGUAGGACAUUUAGCUAAGCCCCUUUUUAGAAUGUAGCAGGCUGCACCCGUUUAUUUUAUGAAGAACCUUUCUGAUACCAAUAGAUUUUUUUUUCCUCCUCUAUAAAUGUGAUUGCACAAAGUGGUUGUAAUAACAAGCAUGUACAACAUAAAAGUCAGUGUGUGCGUGUAUGCUGCCGUCAGCCAUGUGUGUGGUACACCUUCCUCUGCACAUUUGUGCGAUGUAUUCUCCACAGUCUUAGGUUUAUCAUUGUUCCCUCGUAGUGCCUUACAGAUAUUAAGACAGUUUACUUGGCUGGAACCCUCUAGAACCAACAGAAACUAGUUUGAGAGUUGGCUCCUUGAUUUGAACAUCGUUUGUCUGAGGUGUUUUGUUUUUGACUUCCAGGUGUGAACGUAGUCCUAAAUGUUAUUUAUAGGUAUAUUAUUAUUCCACACAAAUUCCCAUCUUGUACAACAGUGCUUCUUGUUUAGCGUGCAUGAGGUUAUUUAACAUUUUAGAUGAAGACACUUGCCUGGGGUAAUGAACCAAAGUUGUCAUUUGGUAAAGAUUAGUAACAUUUGUUACUAUAUUAUAUAUAUAGUAUGUUUACUACAGUAUGUGUAUCAUUAUUAGCUUUGUGUCUUAGAAGCCUUGAUACCCAUCCAGUGGCACUGAAUUUAGGUUGUGUUCGUUUUAGUUAUAAAAGGAUGAUGAAUUCAUGUGUAAAAGUCAUGUGUAAGCAUUACACAUUAUUAAUUUGACAUCUGUGCUACUACAUGAAGUCUGGUUAGUAGUCAGAAAAAAAAUUCUGAACUGAGGACAAAGAUCUGAAUAUCAUCUGCGAAAGGAGAAGUAGAACUCUGUAUGAUGUCCAGGUACAGCAUGCCAGGCAUUUAAAGGAGGUCAGAAGAGUUGGGAGUGUAUGCAGAGAGAGAGGCCUUGAUGGGCCCCACUGAGCCUGGUGCAGAAAAUGGUGUAGAAACAGUAAACCUUGGGAGGGUGAGAGAGCGGGUCUAGGUAGGGAUAGGCGUGAUUAAGGUGCUAAAAGAUGGCACUGGCUGGAUUUGGAUGGGAAUUGUAGGAUGGUGAAGAAAGCCUAAAUUCCACAUCUUAAAGAGAAUAGCAUGUUGGCUUUGAGCACGUAGAACCUGGAGGAGGCUGCGCUACAGGAGGCACUGCAUGAAUGCACACCAUACUCUGAUCUGAGGCAUCGUUCAGCAGGGUCAGUCUAUAAAGACUGUGAUCCUCACAGCUUCCCUGCAGAAAUUGAAGCCUACCACUAAAUGUGUACACCUGGAAGAAUAGUGCCGAAAUAACCAUGUUAUUUUGUUGUUUCUCUUCAUUGUACUUACAGAAUCACUUGUGCUAGAUAGUGUAUAUCACUUUGAGAGAAAGGGAUAGCUGAUAUGUUGAAGAAUUUGUGGGCCAAUGUUUUUUUUUUUUUUUUUGCUGCUUGAGUUGCAUCAUCUUGUCUAUUAGCCAAUGAUUUCAUUUACGUUCGUGGUAUUAAUUUUGUCUUUACAUAGAGGGCACAUGCAUGUGUUUAUGGGAACGCAUUUGUUUUUCCCCUCUCAUGUCAUGCCAUAGUACUUGCAUUUGAAGUGGUUGUGUUUCUUCAUUGAGAUUUUUUUUGUAUCAUGCUAUGCUACAGAUACUUUGUGUAGAGAUUUUAGAGAUUGCUGCAAUAAUUUUCAUGGGUGUUUUUUAGUGGACAUUUUUUGUUUUAUUAUUAUUAUUAUUAUUAUUAUUAUUAUUAUUAUUAUUAUUAUUAUUAUUAUUAUUAUUAUUAUUAUACAUUAAGAUCAUAUUUCUGUUUAGUGGUUGUUAAGUUAUAGGGAUGUUGAGUAUACAUUUAGGUUUAAGUACCUGUGCAAAGAAAGCCUCCUUUUUGUAGAAAGCAUAGGCUGAGGUUCCAACAAUUUCAGCUCAGAUGGACAUCAUUAACAUCUUGUCAGUUUGCGUGGUUGCUGGGAUGCCCACUGCUUUUCUGGCAAUAUUUGGUUGGUUUAGGCUCACUGGCUCCUGCACACUGAGAGAGAGGUUGCUCUGAUAUCAGAACCACGUACAAACAUUCCAUUCCUGAAGGAGUCAUUAUGUCUCUCACUGCACUGUCUGUAGUCUCCAGUACUCAUGCAGUACACUGGCCUGUCUGACCAAACUGGGACUCGGGGGACUGUCAUUUAAUACUUUUAUUUGUUCCCACCAAAGAAGUUCAGCAUGUUAGUGAUGCACAAAAAAGGACCCUUGCUGAAACUGAGAAGGAAAAAAGGAAAAGUCAGUUCAGUCUUAGGAAUAUACACAUCCACAGCACACAUGAGUAGACUGUGUAAAACUCAAUCACGUGAACACAUUAUAAAUGAAUCCAGUCUUCAUCUAAUUUGUUUGUAAUUUUUAGCUGGUCAGUGUUUUUGAUGUUUAAAUUCUCUUGUCCUCCAUUUCAUCUUAUCUAAAGGAAAGUAAGGCCCCCUUUAACAAACAUUUAUUAAAGCAUUUUUUCUUCACUUCUUCACUACAAUUUAUUUUUCAGCUUUACUGGUGUUAUAAAGUGAAUAUGGUAAACAGCAAAGAAAAAAGUAGUUAGGUUGUGCUCCCUAGUGACCUUUGAGUGGAAUGAGAUACAUUAGAGAAAUACCUUUUACAAAGUGGUCACUUGCACAAAAUGAAUGUACAAUGUGAGAUUAAAACAUCUGCUAUAUAUCAUCACAUAUUACUACUAAUGGGUGUGAACUGUCAUGAUUUUACUGUUACUCUUACAUUGUUCCUCAAAAAGAAUGCAAUAAGUCCCACAAGAAAAACAUGACUUGUCAACAUUGUUUUGACAAUUUUUCUCUAAAUUCCUCAAAUUAAUGUUUAUUUUCCUAUUGUUCUGCUUUCAUUUGUUAGUGUUCACAUCCAAACGCCAUUAAAUGAGUCGUAUACAAGCCCUAUGAUCCCUACAAAGUAAUAACUUACUUUUGUGAUGUACUGCUUUGAUGCAAUGUGUGUCUUUUUAAGAAAUGUAGGCAGUAAUGUAGAUUCAGUGACCUUAUAAUUACCAAAAUGUGCUAUGCCUGAGAAGUUAGCAUCUUUUAUAUAUACAUAACAAUUGAAAACAAAAAAUCUUUUUAAUUAUGGUUUUAUGUAAUCUCCUCCUAAUAAUGAAUUUUCAUGUCAAACACUGCCUUUCAACUUAUCAACUCGAAGCUUUAAGCGGUUGUCAAAUUGAAAACAUUCUUAGAGUGGUUGUUUUGUAAGGCUUUGUGGUAUCCCUUUUUUGUUUUAUUGCAUUUCCCCAAAAGAGUAUCCAGUUUAACGUUCCACACAAUUAAUAACCUUUGUUGCCCCAACGUGAAAAACAUUCCUAGUGCCAGUUGGCCUCUUAGGUGUCUACUUGCAUUUUUAGUAGCUGAUACAACAAAAUCUAGUCUAUCACCAUAAAUAAUGCAAUCAGUAUGUAAAGCUGAAGCUUUGUAAAGCACACACUGCUAAACAAACUUGGAGUUGACUGGGUUUUGGUGGCACUUCCACAAUCUUACGGCUUUUUGUGUUUUACAGUGCUUUCUCUUCAGGGCAUGAGCUGACAUGGAGCAGUCAUGGGUUUAAUGGAGUCAUUAAUCUCUGCAUGUGCAAAUGUGCUAAGAGGCCAAAUAUUACAAUAUGGCCAUUUUCCAUACGCCAUUUUAGAACCAAAAAAUAAGCAAUGACCUUUAACCCUGAGGUGGGGGUCGAAUUCUAGAGUAAUUUUAACCUUCAGAUUCUGUGUUGGGUGAACUCAUCAUUGACUGAAACCUGAUUGUCUCACCAGCCCUAAAGGCUCUUUGUAUUUGUUAUACCUUCAGUUUACAUGGUGAUUUAUGGUAAAGUGUAAUACAUACAGUAUAAAACAUUCUCUCUGUACAGAUAACGCAAAACGGACAAAUAGUCAUGAAGAAGUAACAGUUUGUCACAAAAAUCACCAGUGUAAUCUGUUAUGUAGCUGUGACACACUGUAGCCAUUUCUGCAGCCAUCUGUGACAUGAACAUUUUUUCUACUUGCACAGCAACGUUCACAAUAAAAUGUAAACUAAAUAUUUUUCUAUAAUGUCUCAAGACCUAAGAAAGCAUCCGACCCUGACCCUGAUUUUGCUGUAUGGUUUCUCAAUGGUGUAUCUCAUUUAGUUGUUGUCAAAGCUAUUGUGUGCUGCAGUAUUUCCAAGUAUACUUCUUUGUUGAUGUCUCUUGCUCUCUCUGUUAUUAUUUUUAUUUUUAUUUAGCUUUCUUUAUUGGGGAUUUGAAGAGUGUGAUGUCUUAUUAUUUCAAUCUGUUAAUGUAGCGCUAUGUGUACCCUAUACCUUAGACUAAUAUUAAGUAUGUUAUGAGAAUGGAUAUUUUACUGGCUUAAUAGAAUGUUAAAAAUGAAUAUAAUAAUAAGAAGAAUGAUUUAACUCCUAAAAGUUGAGGACUUGCUACUAAGCGCUUGUGUUACCAUUAAGAUGUUGUGUGUUUCUCUUAAUUUUCGUUGUAGAAAAAUUGAGUGAAUUUAUAUUAGGCUUCGACAACUAAUGAUAGCAGUGUAAAUUUAUGGAGGAUUUUAACAAACAUCUGGGUGAUAGAAGAAUAUAGUUAUUUUAACUGUUCUAUUUACUAACUGUAGGGUGAGAAGGGGCUUGCAUUGUGGUGAACUAUGUUAUAGCUUGUUAUUCACUGUUACUUUUGAUCAUUUUUUCGGUCUCCGAGGUGAAUCGAGUUAUUAAUGAGAAUUUGUAUGCUCACAUAUGCAUAUUGUAUAUGUGUAGAAAUGUAAUCACACUUUGUCUUGAAUUUACAUUAAACUGUUAAGUCACGGCA